ACACGUCGUGCACUUAACCCCAUAGCAUGCUUGUCUAACCUUUAAAAACCCGUCAACCACCCGUCAACUUUGAAAUCUUUUCAGUGUUUAUGUUGUUAUUUUCAAUAUUCAUGCGUUGAUACACGGCAAUACUCUCAAAUUAAAAAGCUAAUGUUAACUGUUGAUCGGCCAUCCGCUAGAGAUGAUUGAAAUCCGUUGAAUUAACUGAAUUUGGCAACUAUAUCGGAUAUGUUCACAUCAGUUACGUGUUAUAUUACGAGUAUUUAAAAUAAGGUCCCAAUGAGACCAUAAGCAAUACAAGACAGACUUAGAUGUACUAGAUGCUGAGAAAUACAUUGAUACGUAUAAAAUUUAUUAGCAAUACAUUUCACAAUAUGCCGAAGAAAUCCAAAAACAAAGUCAGCAAGGGAUCGACUUCUUCAACCAAGGAUGCCCCAACCAUUAAACCUGUACAAGGCCCUAUCAAAACUGAUGCAGAUAACAACAUCCUUAUUGAAGUGCAUGCGAAGCCAGGAGCAAAACAAAAUGCUAUUACAAAUGUUGAUGAUCAAGGCGUUAACAUCCAAAUCAAUGCUCCGCCAGUUGAAGGAUCUGCCAAUGUUGAAUUAGUUAAAUAUAUGGCAUCACUUUUGGGGCUCAAAAGCAGCAAUGUGUCUCUUGAAAGAGGCCAUAAAUCGAGAAACAAAGUGUUGAAGAUAUCAGCAAACAUCACGCUGGAUGAAGUAACUAAGAAAAUCAAUGAAAACUUGCCCGCGGAAACAAAGUGACUCCUAUUGACAGUACGGUAAUUGUUGACAUUUUCAGUCUCAACUGCUAUUCAAUCUUCAGCAGCCCUUUCUUGGCAGCCCCUUCAGAUAUCUGUAGAUUUUUUGACAUUCUCUUAAUUGCCGACUGUUUAUUUUAUCAUCUCUGAUUGGGAAUUUCAAUUUCUUAAGAAAAUUAUAUAAAAAUACAAUUAACGUGAAAAAACUUUAAUUUAUGUGAUAAAUGAUACUGGUAUGUGUUAAUGAAAAGCGUAAUUUAUAGAUGA